AGAGAGAGAGAGAGAAAGAGAGAGAGAGAGAGAGAGAGAGAGAAAGAAAAAAAACUGGCAUGGGAUAGACAGAGACAGAUGGGAAGCUAGAAAAAAAAAUAACGGUGCGAUAAAGAUAGGGGUGAAACGGAACGAGGGAAAAAAGAACGAGGUAAAGGGAGACGAAAUUUUUCACCGGAAGUAAGUACAUUCUAAAAGAGAAAUUCCAUCAAUGUUAAAUAAAAUACUAGACCGUGAUGUCCAGUUAACAAGAGGUGUUGUUAAAUGUGUAGAAAGCUUACCACUAAUGAGAAUGUUAAGAAAGCAUUACAAAAUGUUAGAGAUAUCUUGCCACGCAGUACCCUGGAUAACAUCAAUACUUGCAUUUAUUUGGAUUCUUAAUAAUAAAAAUUUGUAUCAAAUGCAAGUCAAUUUGUUAAUGGCUUUAAUACUAGACAUUAUCAUUACUGCUAUAUUGAAAGCAUAUACAAGAAGAAGAAGACCAGCAGUUAACGACGAUCCUUUUUCACUAGGACCUGAUAAGUAUUCAUUCCCAUCGGGUCAUGCUUCUCGGUCGGUACUUAUCUUUUAUUUCUUUAAAUAUCUGUGGCCUGUGUCUGAUAUUUGUCUCCUGUCGAUAUCAAUAUGGAUCUUUGCUGUAAUUCUGUCUAGACUUUUAAUGAGAAGGCAUUAUAUUCUUGAUGUUUCUGCAGGGAUUUUUCUAGGUUAUAUUGAAGGAAUGCUUGUAAGCAUUUUAUAUUUAGAAUCUGAAACUUGUUCCAAUUUAAUAUAUUGGAUAACUGAUGAGAAACUAGAUGGUGCAGAAUAUGAUAUUUAAAAUUGAUUCACUUCUUCAAUAUAAUAUUAAGCAGUGGUAGAAGAUUAUGUCAAUCAUUGCUAUCUUUUAUAAUAUUUAUGUUAUGCGUUUGAUUAAUCAUUUGCAACAAAGAAAGAUAUUGAAAUAUGUGAUAUUUCUUUAUAUUCAUUUUUAAAUUAAAUAAGUUGAUAUUGAAAAUACUAAAGUAAAGGUAAUUGUCAGAUGGAGUGUUAUUUUUGUUACAUCGUUAUUAUCAAGACUGUUUAUGUAAGCACUGUUAAUUACUUUUAUGAGAUAAGAUAUGAAAUGGUUCUUAAUUAUACAUACUUAAUUAUAAUAUAAUGAUACAUGCUUUAAAUUACGAAUUUAUGGAAGAUGUUUAUACCAAAUAAUGCAAUCAUAUUUAUAUACUUUUAUUUUCUUAUCACAUAAUAUAUUUUUAUCGACAACAAUUUCAGGUUUCACUUUGUCCUAGCAAUAUCGUAGAUUUUUACGAAUCUGAUAAUAGAAAAUACAAAGAUUGUAGAGCAUAAUCAAUAAAUAUAUUUUGUAAUAAA